CCUGAUGAAAAUAUCGACCUGAGAAUUGAAGUCCCCCACCACACAGCUGGACGAGUUACACAUAUGGAUGAAACAGUACACCAGAGGUGGAGGAGGGAGUUUUCUGGAACUGAUGAGGAAGGAGAUGUGUCUAUGGAGGAUGUUGGACUCGGAGAGGGAUCAUCAGCUGCAGUCAAUAGGUUCGCACCUUUUGCUUCUGAGCUGGACUGGAGGGUAGCCUGCUGGGCGAUUCGGGAUGGCAUAGGGCACAAGUCUUUUGACAGACUUAUGGCCAUACCUGGAGUG